AUGGAGCUCUCGGAACUUGAGCAGGUAUCGAGGAAGAUAGUGCGCGAACAGGUCGGCCAAGCCUUCCGCCUUCAAGCUGUUGCUAACAUGGAGAUGUGGCUCGGCAUGAAACGUGCUAUCAAUGUUGCCGCGCACAUUCAGAAAAAAUAUGAGGAUAGCCGAGACAAGAUUGUCGAGGCUGGGAAGCUAAUCCAAGACGCAGAUCGGCAUGCUAAGGAAAAUGCUGCGAGGAUUGCAGAGCUAUCCUCGAAGCUGGUCGAAGCUGAGAGGGCGGCGGUGGAGGCUGCAAAGGAAGCGGUCCUUCGAUCUCGUGCAACGGAGGUAGAGGAGGUGAAGAAAAAGGCUGUUGUUGAGUACCGGAGCUCAGAAGCAUUCACAAUGCUUCUGGACAAGGAGCGCUUCAACACCGAUAAAAAGCUGAACCUCAACUUCCUUCAGGGCCCGCCACCAUUGCCCAGAAGGGUGACUGAAGAAACGGUGGAGGCGUACUUUGGUGAGGACGUGGACGCAAAUUCUUCGAGUGGGUCGGAUUCAAGUAGUGAGGAGGAAGAAAACACUCCUCCUGCCGAGCUGUUGACCGAUCACGAUGCUGAGGUGCCAGAUCCUUCGGCCAUCGCUGUUGAGACUGUGCCCACCGAUCCUCUGACUCCUUGA